AUGAGAGAGCAUCAAGAAAGGGUAGAUAAGAUACCAGAUGCCCCAAAACUGCUACCAAAGCGGGACGCCGGCCGAUUUGUGGAACAACCAUAUAGCGACGAGGCCGCGCCGCAUGCUAUACCAAAAACUUUCAAAAUGCCGCCAUACUUGAAAAUAUAUGACGGCACGAUAGACCCUGAGGAUCACAUCAUCCACUACGUCACCGCAGUGAAAGGCAACGACCUCGCUAAAGAGCAAGUGCCAUCUAUAUUGUUGAAAAAGUUUGGUGAAACCCUAACCGGGGGAGCAUUAACAUGGUACUCGCAACUGCCCGCACGGUCCGUACAGACAUUUGAAGAAAUGGCCGACAAAUUCGUCACCGCCCAUGCAGGGGCCAAGAAAGCGGAAGCCAGGGUGAAUGACAUAUUCGCCAUCAGACAUUCACCUGGCGAAGGGCUUAGGGAUUUCCUCGCCCGGUUCAAUAGAGUGAGAAUGACCCUCCCAAACGUAUCAGAGGAAAUGGCAGUAGCAGCUUUCCAAAACGGGCUGAACAGGAUCGGAUCGAGGGCAACCAAAAAACUAUUGAGUAGACUAAUGAAGUACCCUCCCACCACGUGGGAAGAAAUACAUAACGCUUAUUGUGCCCACGUGAGAGCCGACGAGGACGAUCUCAACGGACCUACUCAACAUCUGACCUCUGUCCAAAUGGAAUCUAGGAAAGACCGAAGAAACAAAAAUAGAAGAGAGCUAGCAGGAAAUAGUCUACGCAUUGGAAAAGCUCGUCCCAAAGGUAAAAUAGCCACAGAAGAUGAAGUCCGACCCAAGCACCAGAAAGUCAAUGCCCUCUGCGAAUUCCACCAGGAAUGGGGUCACAAGACCGAGGACUGCAUCGCCCUCAGACAGGAGGUCGUGAACAUGCUGCACCAAGGGCACCUAAAAGAGUUGAUGAGCGAUCGAGGAAGGGCCAACUUCGUCCGAGGGCGAGAACAACAUCAGGGGCCGCCCAGACCACCUUCCCCAAUUCAGACCAUUCAAAUGAUCAUCGGGUGA